AUCACCUCUGUAUUUGAGUGCCCUAGCCAGAAUAAAGGCAUUUUGGAGAGAUGACCGUCACAUACUCCAGUAAAGUUGCAAAUGCUACCUUCUUUGGGUUCCACAGGCUACUUCUCAAAUGGAAAGGAAGCAUCUACAAACUGCUUUACAGAGAAUUUAUUCUCUUUGCCAGUCUUUACACAGCGAUAAGUAUAUUGUAUAGAUUUUUCCUUUCAGGAAGCCAGAAACGGUACUUUGAGAAAUUGUCCCUUUACUGUGACAAAUAUGCAGAACAAAUUCCAGUCACUUUUGUUCUGGUGAGCACAGCUGUCUACAAGAGAUUUCCAACUUUAGAACAUGUGGUAGAAGGAGGUUUUAUGACAGCUGAAGAAAGGAUAAUAUUUGAUGAUCUUAAAUCACCCCAUCUUAAAUAUUGGAUCCCUUUUGUUUGGUUUGGAAAUUUGGCAACCAAAGCAAGACAAGAUGGAAGAAUCAAAGAUAGUGUGGACUUGCAAACAUUGAUGAUUGAGAUGAAUCGGUUUCGAUCAUGGUGUAGCCUACUAUUUGGUUAUGACUGGGUUGGAAUUCCACUCGUGUACACACAGGUUGUCACCCUGGCUGUUUAUACCUUCUUCUUCACCUGCCUUAUUGGGCGUCAGUUUUUGGAUCCUGACCAAAGCAUCCCAGGUCAUGAUUUAGAUCUUUACAUUCCUAUCUUCACAUUGUUACAGUUUUUCUUCUAUGCAGGAUGGCUUAAGGUUGCUGAGCAACUUAUCAACCCAUUUGGUGAAGAUGAUGAUGAUUUUGAAACAAACUGGUGCAUAGAUAGGAAUCUCCAGGUUUCACUAUUGGCUGUUGAUGAAAUGCAUAUGAAUUUACCAAGAAUGAAAAAAGAUAUUUACUGGAAUGAUUCUUCAGCCCGUCCACCAUAUACAUUAGCAGCUGCAGAUUCCUGCAUACCAUCCUUCCUUGGAUCAACUAUUGAAAUGGG